CCAACCUCCAAUAUUAAAAUGCAGGAAAAUGAAGCACCAAAACCUGAAGAAACUGACCCAAAUUCCUUCAGAAAAGCCGUUGAAAUCGUCUUUAAUGAAGUAUAUUCCAGUGUUGUCCCUGAAAAAUCGAUUGAAAGCCAAAAUUUGAUGAAGUUUGAGGAGAAAUUCCAAAAAGCAAUGCAGCAGAUGACAGCAGCUAAGACCGAGCCUAGUCCUGUAUAUGAGCCAUAUUUGCAGGAAAAUAUAGUUGAUAAAGAGUUAUUAAAGAGCCAGAGUGGUUUAUUGAGGGUUAGGGGUCGUCCAGCCCAGCGACGAUCACAUAAUCCAGAAAACAAGAAAGGAUUAGGAUUGAAGGGAUUUAAGGUAGAUGGCCGACGAACUAAGUCUAAAAUGAUUGGAGGCGCUAUUUUGCCUCGAGCGAAUAUUUAUAUGCCAAAGAGAAGAUCUAGAUCUGGAAGAAAUCAGAAUAAAUCAUAUAUAAAUGGCAAAAGUUUUUUAUCAUUACCUAUUAUUCCAGAUGUUACAGAAGUGAUUGUUAAUAAGCGCCGAAAAAGCAGUGGUUCGAUGUAUAGAACGUCUCGUAGAAUUAAUUUAGAUUAUUUAUGGAUGAUGCAUUGGAAAUUGAAGAGUCGGAAAAAAGUGCCUAAAAAAUACUCAACAAGAGAUAUAUUAUUUAGAAUGUUGUCAAAAUGGCGAAAAUCGCAAGACAAAGGAUAAUUUUGUGUAUAAUUAUUGUUGAUGAAUACCAUACUUUUUGGAGGG